UCAUUCUGAGCAACUGCCUCAUUGCACAGCUAUUGCAAAGCCAAAGACCAUCCCAGCGGCAUGACCAUGUCACUCAAAACAGUGCUGCAGCUAUGGGCAUUUUUGCGGGCUAAAGUCAUGUCAUCUGAGACAUUUAAUUGGGCCCGGGCCGCCACAGGGGGACAGCGGACGGCAUUCCUCUACAGCCUGCGCCCUGUUGUGUUGCUCUUUGCCGCGUGGCUACAGUACGUGGAUAACAUGCCCAUGCCCACGCAAACUUGAGCUGCCGGAGACCCCUCUGACUGUAGUGAGAGAGUGUAGUGGACGCCUCGGGUAAAUGGUGGAAAACGUCUGAAUACAAAAUCAUACAGCUGGGAGUCUCAAGAGGGAAAACGGAGGUCAACUCUUUGGAGAGGUAGUUGUGCCAUCUUUGCUGGAUCGCGCAGGAGCGCAACGGCUGAAACGACAUCAACAGUGGUCCGGCAGGGGAACAGAAAACAAUCAGCAUUGAGGACGUACACUGCUACCUGAUUUUAAACUUUAUUAUAGCCUACGGCAUUUCCUGGGUCGGGUUCGUGCUGCUUCAGGGAUAAAUGAUCACCUCAACCAGAAGAGUGUCUCCUGAUAAAUCUGAAGUUAGAAUCGCCUUCAGCCUCGACAACACAUCAGAUGUAAAAGAUGUGGAGGACCUCUCUCAGACUUUCCCGGAUCUUGAACAGCGAUUACAGCCUGUGCCCCCCUGUGUGUCUCUGAGGGAGAGCGUUCAGGUGUACAAGGAUCACUGCAGGAUGGCGAGAGAGUUCCACCAAGUCAAACAUGAGAUUGCUGUGCUUGAGGACCGCAAACGUAAACUGCUGGCAGAGCUGGUGGAGGAUGAAAAGGUGGCUGUGGAGAUCGCCCGUCUAGAAGAGGAGUUCCGGCGUCUCACAGAGGAGAACCGCAACUUGGUGACUGUCCACAACGAGCGUGCUCAGCAGCUGGAGAGGCUCUGCCUGACCAAUCAAACGAGGCAGGACUCCUCGUGACCUCUGACCUCCGCAGAACCUGAGACCUCCAGACAUCCAGCUGACAUCAGGCCAGAAAACCAACCGGAAAUCAAGUCUCAGCUAGAGCUCAUUCUACACAACUACAGUCUGUGAAUCAGUUAGUUACACAGAAAGGCGCUAUGUUUUUUUCAUAUGUCACUUGUAUGAACCACAGACAUAAUGUCAUCAUCAGUGUGAAGCUGUUAUAGACCACCUUUCUGGGUACUGUUAUGUUAUUAUGUGAUGUUGCAGAACUUUCCUGGUCGCUACUGCAAUACCUCACAGUAUAUAUUCAUACAAAUGUCAGCUGCUGUGAAUGUGACCAGAUAUUCUGAUAUCUGUCUCAGGUCCUGUGGAGACUCAGAUUUUUUACCUGAGGUCUGUGGAGGGAGCCAAAGGUGGUAUGAUGUGGUCCAAAUGUUGUAUUUUAAGGAGUGUUUCCCCUCCCUCUCCCUCUCAGCCGUGCACCCAACAACACACUUGCCCGUCAAGUUCCUGUUAUGGUAAAAAAGGAAAUGAGAUGAGUGUUUGACACAGUGUCAGGGAUUGGUAAAUUGUAGCCAUUUGUGAGGAACAGCAUUUCGCAAUAAGUAUCUGCUGCGACACAACACUGUAAGAGUUGUACAUUUUUUUGAUGUAGCAUGUCUCACACACCUGUAGAAGGAGAAGUAUACAACAAGAUAAACUGUUGCUUACAGCGUCCGCGUCUAUUAAUAAAAUGCGUUUUAUUUAACACCA